CCGCCGUUAUAACGUUGCUAUUGUCUAAGAUCGUUUCGGUUCAUCGCCAUGGCAAUGCCAAGUGCUCUCGCUGUGACAACUUCGCCAAUACUGUCAACGAGCAUCGAUCGCGUCGCAUAGGAUACACAUCGCCAGUAUCAUGACUACGCGACUCCUCAAUGUCGACUAUGAAUUUGUCAAGCAGCGGACAAAGCAUCCUGACCCAAUUGCUACACUUGGGACCGAACACAUCUACAAACAAAGAACCAGCUGAGACAUCUAAGACAACUUCAGUAUUCGGGCCCGGCGAGAAGACCGGCGUACGCAAAACUCACUGCUGGAGCCAUAUACUGCGCAUUCCGAAGUCGCUUUCUGCCAUCAUGAAUUCAGCAUACAACAUGCCAUACAGAUCACACCCCGACUUCCAGGACAUCGAAUCGCAAUGCAGCUACAGCUCCGAUCACGAGAUAAUUCCCGAACAAGAUGAUGACCUUUAUCACUUGACGAGCCGCAUGCCACAUUCACGAAGCCCUUCUCCAACCAAAUCCGACCUUACCAAGCCGCCUCCUAGACCACCUAAGCAUAUCAUUUUGGCUCUUUGGCCGCGUGCACAAGAUGCGCAGGUGAGAUAUUAUGCUAGGGGGUACAGUACGCUCUAUCCUACGGCUACGAUAUUGCUGUUGAACGAUCGCCCGGACAGCUUGGAAAGUACCUUGGAAGAAUUGAUCGAGGAAGAAGAGAAGCCUUCUCUGCUGGAUGAAAUAUGCCUGAGAGGACAAGAUCAUCGCGAUGAAAGGGUUCUGGUGCAUUGUUUUGGCAAUAUUGGUGUGGCGAGGUUCUGCGAGUUGUUGAGAGCUUUCAAAGUUAGGAAAAUGGAGAGAUUGGGCAUCAGAGCUAUCGUAUUCGAUGAUGAGCCGGGUAUGAUGCUUCCAGGGCUCCAUGAGAUCUGGACACAGCCAUUUUUGCUCCUGGUCUUGCUAUGGGCGAGCUUGGUCAGGAUUAUGGAUUGGAUGGCGUCGUUCUGGCAUGGCAACGGGCUUCAGGAACAGUUGUGGCAGGACUUGAACGAUGAGGAACUGAUGGCUCCAGACACAAGGAAGUGCUAUGUCUGUCCCGGAGAGGAUGUUAUGUUCACUUGGAACAGUAGCGAUGCUGGAGAUGACGGUGCUGUGAGAAAGGAGACCGAGGUUAAGAGGCAAAGUAUCGGUCGAAAUGGCAAGUGGUCCCCUAAUCAGGAGAGAUAUUGGCUUGGGAUCGAGAGUGUUUGGGAAGGCAAGUGACGAGAACUUCUGAUCGGAGGCCAUUUCCGUGGUGUAAUGCUGUAACGUAUUGUAAUGAUGGAAUGAGAAUCGGUU